AACAUCUCUAAGGAUCUUUCGCCAGCGAACGAUGCCAACUAGUCUCACUCUCAACUGUGGCCGAUUCACUGCGACAAUAAGGAACCAGACUCACCAUUGUACAAUCACUAGCUUGCGGCUUCGCUCAUUGACCGUUCAGUCACGUGCCGAGUCAGACAUGGCGGCCUCCACAGUCCGAGUCGCUGCAGCUCAGAUGACCUCAAUCAACGACCUCGCCGCCAAUUUCGCUACCUGCUCUCGUCUUACUAAAGAAGCAGCAGCUGCUGGGGCAAAAUUGCUUUGUUUACCAGAGAGUUUCUCUUUUAUUGGGGCUAAGGAUGGGGACAGUGUUAAGGUUGCAGAACCUUUGGAUGGUCCCAUCAUGCAACAGUAUUGCUCAUUGGCAAGAGAGUCUGGCAUUUGGUUAUCACUUGGAGGUUUCCAAGAAAAAGGAUGUGAUGAUGAGCACCUGCGCAACACACAUGUUAUCAUUGAUGACAGAGGGAACAUUAUUGAUACGUAUCGGAAAAUAUUCUUGUUUGAUGUAGAUGUUCCUGGUGGAAGAGUCUACAAGGAAAGCAGCUUUACAGAAGCUGGAAAGGAUAUAGUUGCGGUUGAUAGCCCUGUUGGACGCUUGGGUCUGUCAGUUUGUUAUGAUUUAAGGUUCCCAGAGCUUUACCAGCAGCUCAGGUUCCAAAAAGAAGCACAGGUUCUAUUGGUACCUGCAGCUUUUACAAAAAUUACUGGUCAGGCACACUGGGAGAUUCUGCUUCGAGCUCGUGCAAUCGAGACUCAAUGCUAUGUGAUAGCUGCUGCACAAGCUGGAAAACAUAAUGAUAAAAGAGAAAGCCAUGGUGAGACAUUAAUAAUUGAUCCCUGGGGAACAGUUGUUGGUCGAUUGCCAGAUCGACUCUCAACUGGAAUUACUGUGGCUGAUAUUGAUUUUGCAUUUAUCGACUCAGUCAGAGCGAAGAUACCAAUUGCCCAGCAACGGAAGCCCAUUGAUUUCUGGAAAUCUGCAUCUCUCUGAUUUCCAAAGAUUGAAUCUUGCCAGAUCUGCUAUAUCCAGAAGUUUAUGUCAAAGCCACAUCAAAUUUUUCAUUGUGCUAUAAUUCAAGGACAGGCUUCUUAGUGUUCCUUUGAAGAAGAAUGACACAGUUAUGCAUUGUAAGUUACAAAAUAAGUUGAAGUUUCUUUGUCAGGAAGCUGUUGAUGUGUGCUUUACUCCAAGAUUAGAUUCAUGCAUUAUUAGCAAAUAGAGUAUUUAUCUGAUUUCCUAUAGUUGAUGCAACAAUUCUUAAAAGUUCAGACUUUUAAACACAUGUAUAUGUGAAUUUUUUUUAUAGAAAUAUUCUUUUAAGGAAA